UGUAAAUCGGAAAGCCAAGGAAAAGCAGACCCUUGCAAAGCAGUCUGGUGUUGGUUGAGCUGUUAGGAAGGGUUUUUUUUAAAGAUUCUAGCUGACUUCAGUCUUGCAGUAUAUCAGCUAAACAUGUCCAACUGGCUAAUUAAAGCGGUUCUUCUCGUGGUUCUGGUGUUCGUCUGCUGUGAAGCGCGCACAAAGAAGUACAAACGCACAGUUGCAUUCUCGGUCCUCAAAACCGCCAGAACCGAAUACCUCACAAGUAACAUCACCUCCUAUGAAAAUGUUGUGACAAACGUAGGGGAGGAUUUUGACGAAGCCACCGGCAUGUUCACAUGUGUAAUUCCUGGUCUCUACUUCUUCAAAUUCCAUUUUCCGCAGACAGCCACCAACUUGCAAAACACAACGGUUACACUCUAUAAAAACAGCUUGAGUCUUCCUGAAACUUAUAUUACUAGCGCCUAUGAGAAGGAGGGACGUGUUGACUACGGCGGUGGGAGUGCGUUGGUUGAGCUGGCAGCUGGCGAGAAUGUAUACCUGUAUUUGGAAGGACAGCUUUAUCUACAAACCAACAAGCCUUUGGUUUUUAAUGGACUUCUGAUUUAUAGGGAUAUUUAAAGCAUCAUCCCAGAAUAAACAAUCACAAAGCUGUACAGUAACUUAUCUUCAGCUUGUAACUAUCUGCUUAUAAAUUUGAAUAAUACAGUACUCGUCUAAUAAAAACUAAAAUAUAAACAUAUAAAAUAAGAAUUCUACUUUAUUCCAAACUAGAAAUUUAACAUUUCUGAAUUUCUUUUUUGUUUGGUAUGGUUACAAAAUAUAUUACUGUAAAAAAAGAUGUGCUUGAAAGGUUUAAUUUACAUGAAUGUAUCUGACUGAAAAUUUUCCUUUGAUGCCCUUUACAUAAUAAAUACUAAACUGUAGCUGUACAAA